UUCUAAUCACUAAGAAAUGGAUCUUUCAUUUAGCUUUGAGAACUAAUUUGACGAAGUAGUUGAUGCUUGAUUUGUUCGUAAAACAUGUAUAUUUCCAGACUUUUCGUAAUCUUUGAGAGAUCGUUAAACUCGUUUUUAUAGUUCAAGGAUUUGGGAUCCUGUUUUUAAAAUUAGCAGAUUCUACAGUGUGGAUUUAAAUGAAGAUGCAAGGAACCAAUAUCUUACGCAUAUUUGUGAUUUGUUUAGCUGUAUCAGUGACUCUGCAGUAUUCGACUUUGUACAUAUCGUAUGAUAAAAAGGGUAUGAAUAUGUCUGAGAUGUAUGAAACUAUUGAUACGACAAAAGCAGAUUGUCAGCAUCAAUGCACAGUGGAUGAUCGAUGCAAAUCCUAUGUGGUAUUUGAAAACGCUCAAGACAACUCUACUUGCGGCUUCUCUGAAAACCAGGACUAUCAUUCAGUUACAAAUUGUACAACGUGUUCCGUAAAUCUAAAAAAUUGUUCUUCAGGAUCAAUUACUUACACUGAGUUCUUGAAUGGCUAUAUCGGAACCAAUCAGUAUGCCAAUUUUGAUGCUGCUAAUGUUAAUUUUGUGAAAUGUAGUAAGCUAUGCAAUUCUGACCAAUUCUGCAAUGGAUUCAUAUUUAACUCUGCAACUCGUCAGUGUCGACACGUUGAUUCCAGCUCUGUCGUGCCAUUCUCUGACGCUAAAUUCUCAUUCUAUCGAAAGGACUGUCCAUUAGGAUGUACAACAUACAGUGAUAUAUCAUUGAAUGCAACUGGUACCUAUUACGAUGUGGUUCAAAACGUAACAAGUAAAGGUUGUGAGUAUCUUUGUAACAACGUAUCAGACUGUCGAGGAUUUACAGGCGACGACGUACUGCAGACGUGUGCCUUGUCGUAUUCUUCAAGAAAUGCAAACUUAGACAAUUGUUCAACCUGCUCCACCUACAUUAAACAAUGCCCAAUAGAAAAAGACACAGUUCCGACGAAAAAAUGCAGGGCAACUUCAUUUUAUGAAAUGGGAUCAAAUUUCGAAUCUUCCGCUACGUAUAGGAGCUUCAAAAAUUCGACACCAGCUACAUGUUAUACAGAGUGCACGAACGACGAGGAGUGUUGGGGAUAUGCAUUUAAUGCCCAGACUGCGACCUGUGAUUUAUCUAUAAACAUGUUCCCACAAUAUACUGAUUGCAGCCACUGCUCCUUCGUGGCCAGGGAUUGUUCAAGUUCGGUCGACGGUUACAGCGUUCAGUGUUCUUCAAACUUUACGUCAUACGGAUCCAACUUGACAGUCUCAUCAACAUUUUUCAGUAGCGGCAGCGCGACUUUUGAGAGUUGUCAGCAAAUGUGCUCCGAUAAUACUUCCUGCAUUUCGUUUUAUCAUCGCUCAGACACGUCAGAAUGUCAUCUGUCAAAAUCCAGCGCCCGUACAUCUGCCGAUUGUUCGUCUUGCUCUUACUAUAUUAAACAAUGUUGGCAAGGAUGCAGUUUGAUUUCCUAUUCUACGACCGAAUUCGGAUAUGUGACGUCAUCCACCCUUUCCGAUUUAUCUGGUCAGGCGAUGACGUAUACACAAUGUAAGGACAUGUGUACCAGCGACCCUCUUUGCUAUGGAUUCAGUCACCAGGCAGAUAACCAACACUGUAUUCUGUCGGAAUCCGGUCUCCAUGCGUGGUCUCCAUCUUGCAAUACAUGCUCGUUUUCGCAAAAGAUAUGUCUACCCGAAACAACGACUGUUCCUUCCAACGAAUCAUGUUGUUCUUGCAAACUAAAGAGCAAUCAGACAAUGGAUGACCUGAUGGCACAACGAAAACAAGAGUUAACUGUUAACUCGGAAACUCUCUCGUCAACGAUACGCAAGCAGACAUGCGCCUCUGACUUCCGCGCAAGUUCCAACGUGAUAGGCGCGUUUGGCGUGCUUGUGCUGAUAGCUGUUAUAUCACUUAUUGUUCUACCAGAUUUAUACACAGCCGUCAAAUUCAUUAUUAGAAAAAUUAUUAAAUUCAGGAAAAACCAAACACGUAUAACUCUGAACCAGUAGCUUAUUUAAUAUUUUUUACGUUCAUAUGUCUGUGUGUUAGCGGAGAGAUAUAAUUACAGUAUCAUAAAAUUAAUUCACAUUUGUAUUUUGAUAUUGUUCAUGUUCAUUGCUUAUCAA